AUGGAGUUAGGCUGCAGGAUAAUCUACUGGUUUCUAUUCUGUAUCGGUGUUCCUGGUAACAUUAUCAUCACGGCAGCCUAUGCUAUUAAAGCGAAGAAGAAGAGCACCGACAUACUGAUCUUGAUACAAGCCUUGGUGGACUUGAUCGCCUGUAUCACCCCGCAACCUGAUAUGAUCAAUGACGUCUCCUCCUGCUUGGUAACAGCUGUCAUUAGGAUGACCACGUCUCUCGGCUCCCUGUUCUUGACGUUUGCCAUUGCCCUUGAUCGAUUCGUAACCGUCUGCAGACCCUUCUCUCGUCAGAUGACCAGGACAUCGGCAACAGUACUUGCAUUAGCCUGUUUGGGGUUCGCUUUCCUUCUCAACCUGCCUUCAGUGUGGUAUUUUAAUUUGCUAGACCUUGGCUCUAAAGGAUGCAUGUCUGUUGUUACGUCACCCCUCCACGUUCCUGUCAAGGUAAUCCUAGUGGUCUCCUUUUCGGUCGCUGUAGCUGUGAGCUUGUUUUCUUACACUAAGAUAUACACCUUAAUACGUCGGCAAUCCAGAGUAAGGUCUGAGAUGGGUGUUGAUCUUAGAAGCCAAAGUGGUCCGUACAGAUCAUCUACGAUGCCAACCAUUUCUGGAUCGGUCACCGAGUCUCUCCAGCGGACACGAAUUGCGUGGAAUGGGAACGAGACAUCUACGAAUGGACGGUCGACCCUCGUGUCCUGUAAUCUGGAAUCGCAGGAUUCCGGCUAUCUGGAAGUACCGUCCCUUAUGAAACCAGGAACCGGUACGUCAGACCAACGCUCCAGCAAGAUUGAUGUGCCUAUUGUUGAGAGUGUGGAGGUAUCUGGAAGCACCGGAGAGGCCCAAGACCAGACCCCCUCAUUAGUAAAUAACAACGGGAAACAAUUGCAAAGUAAUGCCAAACCCAAUCGAGUUCCAGGGCGUGCACACGGAGACAAGACCACCAAAAUGCUCCUCGCAAUAACCGUCUUUCUCAUUGUAACCUGGUUACCAUACGUUGUAGUUUUCUCUUUACCCACGGCUACCUAUUUCUACCUUGUCACAGAGAUCACCAAUAAGCAUGUGGUUUACUUUAUCACUCGCAUCCGGGGAUUCAAUCACAUGAUCAACGCCUUUAUUUACUGGACGGUCAACCCUCACUUUAGGGAUGAUGUGCAGAAAAUUUUCAUCCGCCUGAAAAACUUGACCAAACGGUAA